UAAUUAAAAGUAUUUAAAAACCUUGAAUGGUGAAUUCUCCCGAACACUAGAUUAUUAGGUCAAUGUUCAUGUUGGUGUCGAGUUUCAAAACGUUUAAAAAUAAAAGUAUAGCAGAAUGGCGUCUGAUUUUACAGAAGACCAGUUAGAAGAAAUACAGAAUAUCUUUAAACAUUUUAACAAAAACAAAGAUGGAAAGUUAUCUUCAAUUGAUCUUGGUUUACUCAUGAGGGCCUUUAACCAGAGUCCAACUGAAGCUGAACUACAGGACAUAAUCAAAGAGAUAGAUCAGAGGGGAAAUGAGGGGAUAGAUUAUGAAGAAUUCUUGGAACUGAUGUCUGAUGCUAUGAGGCAACCAUGUACUGAUGACGAUUAUAGAGAAGUGUUCAAUGUGUACGAUAAGGAUGGUAACGGCAUCAUUGCAUCUGAUGAGUUCAGAGCAGCUAUGAAUUCAAUGGGAGAAAAUUUGUCCAAGGAAGAGGCAGAAGAAAUGAUAAUGGAAGCUGAUUCUGAUGGAGACGGACAAAUAGACCUAGCAGAAUUUAUCAAGAUGAUGAGAGAAAAAUAGGCAGACUUAUUUAAGAAAUAAAAUACACUACGUUGAUGACAUGUUAACUUGAAAGUUGUAUGAUAUAUCGUCUAUUUAAUAUGAACGUAGACUUUAUAGUCAUUAUAAAAAUAAAAUAAUAUGUAUAAAUUUA